AGCGGGUGUCGGCAUCAAUUCCUGUGGGAUGCAGAGAAGGUGUGAGAUGAUUGACAGUCUCUCUCCAGAACUCUCACGGGGCUAACAGGACAUCAACAUGGAGAACAAGAGCUCCUCGUCAGGCAUCCUUCACAACAAACGCCGUCCCUCGGAGCCAGAACGGGUCCAGAGAAUCCCAGAUGUGGACACAGCCCAUCAGCUUAAACUCAAAGAGAGGCAGCGUUUCUUUGAGGAAGUCUUCCAGCAUGACGUGGAUGCCUACCUGUCCUCGGCCCACCUUUCUAUUAGAGACUACACAAGACCUCCAAUCGGCAGCAUCUCAUCUAUGGAGGUGAAUGUGGACUUGCUGGACCAAAUGGAGCUGAUUGACAUCUCUGACCAGGACUCCUUGGAUGUCUUCUUGAGCUCUGGAGGAGAAGACAACCUCUUGAACUCCGCAAUGCCUGUCAAUGGAAACAACAACCCUGAGGGAGCAAUCACUAAUGGACUCUUUCGACACGUCCUUGAUGGUCUUGAUUCUAAAUCACGUGCAUCCUCCACAUCUUCAAACUCCUCUUCUGACAGUCAGGCUAACAACGCCAACAUACAAAACACUUGUGGGUCUCCGCCAGAAGAGCAAGAACCACGCACCAGCACAGUCAAGCGGAUAGCAGCAACCCCAGAGAGAGAGGUGUAGAGAGGGACUCCAUCACCUAUGUCUUUGUAGGAAGUAGACUUGCCUCACCUGACCACAACAUGAUCUCAUAAGAGUCUUAACUCUACUCCACACACUCACACACGUGUACGUAUCCACUUAUCACUGGUGUUAACCUUUUGCUGUUUCAGGCUGGGCUUUAGGUGUGUUUUGGAGGCCUGUGAAUGAGUAUCGUAUUUUUCGGAGUAUAAGUCGCACCGGAGUAUAAGUCGCACCUGCCGAAAAUGCAUAAUAAAGAAGGAAAAAAACAUAUAUAAGUCGCACUGGAGCCCGGCCAAACUAUGAAAAAAACUGCGACUUAUAGUCCGAAAAAUACGGUAGAUUUGAUACAUGUUUGUUUAGGUGCACAACAUACAGCACGGGCCUGAUUUACUAAAUGUUUGCGUGUGUGCCAUACUUGCCAACCUUGA